AUGGAGCAGGGGAAAGGUCUGGCCAGCCUCAUGCUGGCUACCCUUCUUCUUCAAGGCAAGAUCCAUACCAGAACUAUGGCUUUUCCCUUUUUAGAAAAACAUUUGAUAAAAGUGGAUGACGAUCGAGAGGAUGGUUCGGUGCUUCUGACUUGUGACUUCCUGGAAGAUAAAAAUGUCAGAUGGUUUAAAGAUGGAAAGGAAAUGCAUGGCUUAACUACAAUGAAAUGGAACCUGGGAAGUAGUACCAAGGACCCUCGAGGGAUGUUUCAGUGCCAAGGAGCGAAGAACGCUUCACUCCAACUGUAUUUUAGAAUGUGUCAGAACUGCAUUGAAAUGAAUGCAGCCACGAUCGUCAGCUUUAUCUUUGCUGAAAUCAUCAGCAUUUCCUUCCUUGCUGCUGGGGUCUACUUCAUUGCUGGGCAGAAUGGAGUUCGUCAGUCACGAGCUUCAGACAAGCAGACUCUGUUGCCCAAUGACCAGCUCUACCAGCCCCUCAAGGAUCGAGAUGAUGACCAAUACAGCCACCUUCAAGGAAACCAACUGAGGAAGAACUGA